ACCGAGCGAGAUAGUUGUCUGUCUCGCCUAUAUGGGAAACACCCCGCGAGAGGAAAUCUGCUUCAUCGCCAACUUGAGGGACGUAAAUACUUCGACUUAGGUGAUUAUGCUCUCUCGCAGGCGAGUACAGCAUCCGAUAUUGGCCGUAUGCGAACCGGCACGGAACACCGUCUCCGCGAGAGCGUAUCCCAUCCUUCGUCUCCUGCCCCAAGUGGUAGAAACAUCAAGGACGUUUUUACCAAGCCCGGAGAGGCGGUGAAGGAAAGACAUGAGCCUAAAGAAGCUAGCAAACUCCAUCAACAGAUGAGUAUGGACAAAAGCGGAAACGCUCAGUAG